AUGGCGACGGCGGUAGUGAUGAACGGCGGCGAAUCGAAAAAGCAACCACGGCCAGGUCGCGGCGGUUUCCAAGGCCGUGGCUUAACCGAGGAAGAAGCUCGAGUUCGCGCCAUAUCGGAGAUCGUCAGCACAAUGAUUGAGCGCUCCCACCGCAACGAGAAUGUUGACCUAAACGCAAUCAAAACCGCAGCUUGCCGGAAAUACGGCCUGGCGCGUGCCCCAAAGCUUGUGGAGAUGAUCGCGGCGCUUCCUGAUUCAGAGAGAGAGACUCUUCUCCCGAAGCUCCGCGCUAAACCGGUCCGUACAGCUUCAGGGAUCGCCGUCGUGGCGGUUAUGUCGAAGCCUCACAGGUGUCCUCACAUAGCCACCACGGGGAAUAUAUGCGUGUAUUGUCCCGGCGGACCCGACUCUGACUUCGAGUAUAGCACUCAGUCUUACACUGGAUACGAACCAACGAGCAUGCGAGCUAUUCGAGCCAGGUACAAUCCAUAUGUACAGGCGAGGAGCAGGAUCGAUCAGCUGAAGCGGUUGGGGCACAGUGUAGACAAGGUUGAGUUUAUUCUGAUGGGAGGUACUUUUAUGUCGCUGCCAGCUGAGUAUCGGGAUUACUUCAUAAGGAACCUUCAUGAUGCGUUAUCAGGACACACUUCCGCCAACAUUGAAGAAGCGGUUGCUUAUUCUGAACACAGUGCGACUAAAUGCAUUGGCAUGACCAUUGAAACGAGGCCAGAUUACUGCCUUGGACCUCAUCUACGACAGAUGCUGAUUUAUGGUUGCACUCGGCUAGAGAUCGGUGUCCAGAGCACAUAUGAAGAUGUUGCCCGUGACACAAAUAGAGGCCAUACUGUUGCUGCGGUAGCCGACUGCUUCUGCUUGGCUAAAGAUGCUGGUUUCAAGGUGGUUGCACAUAUGAUGCCUGAUCUUCCUAAUGUUGGGGUUGAGAGAGACAUGGAAAGUUUCAAGGAGUUUUUCGAGAGCCCGUCAUUUAGAGCAGAUGGGUUGAAAAUAUAUCCUACCCUUGUGAUACGUGGAACUGGCCUUUAUGAACUGUGGAAAACUGGGAGGUACCGAAACUAUCCACCUGAGCAGCUUGUUGAUAUAGUUGCAAGGAUUCUCUCCAUGGUACCUCCAUGGACACGUGUUUAUAGAGUUCAACGUGAUAUUCCUAUGCCUCUGGUUACGUCUGGGGUUGAGAAAGGAAAUCUUCGUGAACUGGCACUGGCCAGAAUGGAUGACUUGGGCCUUAAAUGCCGUGAUGUUCGUACUCGUGAAGCUGGAAUUCAGGACAUUCAUCACAAAAUUAAGCCAGAACAAGUAGAGCUUGUGCGUCGUGACUACACUGCAAAUGAAGGUUGGGAGACAUUCCUUUCAUAUGAAGAUACACUCCAGGACAUUCUUGUUGGCUUAUUACGUUUGAGGAAAUGCGGUAAGAACGUAACUUGUCCCGAACUCAUGGGAAAAUGUUCUGUUGUCCGGGAGCUUCACGUAUAUGGAACGGCUGUACCAGUUCAUGGUCGAGAAGCUGAUAAGUUGCAACAUCAGGGAUACGGAACACUUUUGAUGGAAGAAGCAGAGAGGAUUGCGAGAAGAGAACAUCGAUCUAACAAGAUCGGUGUCAUCUCAGGUGUAGGAACUCGACAUUACUACAGAAAGUUGGGGUAUGAAUUGGAAGGUCCUUACAUGGUCAAGCAUCUUCUUUGA